AUGGACGUUUGCAGUCUAUUUAUGGUCAUCCCCCAUAUUGAUGGCAUUAUGGCCAAGCGCCAAGUCUUAUGCAAUUCUCCAAUAUACCGUGGUCCACCGUUCGAGUUUGUGUUGGAACUUUUGUCCUUGAUCCUCCACAAUAACCAUUUCAGAUUUGAGGAACAAUGGUACCUUCAGGUGGCAGGGACAUAUAUGGGAUCUUCGGUAGCCCCAAUGUAUGCGAAUGCAUACAUGUAUGUAUAUGAGAUACAACACAUACUGUCGCCAUAUGAAGACCACAUUACAGGAUACUAUCAUUACGACCUCUUAAUAAUCUGGAAGGGUACGCAGGUGGAGGCACAACAAAUGAUGGAGACAUUGAACCAUCUCCCCUCGCCGAUCAGGUUCACGGCAAAUAUAAGUACUGACAAAGUCCAAUACCUUGACCUGGAAUUAUCAUGUGGGCCCAAUGGGAUUGAACAUACUUUAUUUUCUAAGCCCACCGAUCAUACCACCCUACUGCAUGCGCAUAGUGCCCAUCCUACUGCAUUAAAGAAAUCCAUUCCCAAGGCACAAUUUCAGAGGGUAAUCCGGAACAAUUCCAAUCAAGCUAAGGCAGAAUUACAAUUGGAAACUAUGACCCAAAAAUUUGUAAAUAGAGGUUAUGAAAGCCUGGUGUUGAAAGUUGCACUCAUCAAGGCUAAAACAGCCCCGAUUCAGGGUAAAGCUGAACCUAUACAAUGGAUGGUGUUUCCGAUGACAUUCCACAAUUCUUCACAACAAGUAUCGACUGUGAUCAAAGAUAAUUGGAAGAUGGUCGCUACUGACUGUUCACUGCCCAAGAUUUUCAAGGAACUUCCCAUGAUUUGGUAUAGGCGGAACAGGAAUCUCCGCGACAUAUUGGUACAUAUAGAUCUGGUCGACAGCUACUCCAAGACAACCACGAGCAAUAUAUGA